CCUGGGGCCCUAAAUCUGUGGAAGCAGGUGUAUUUCAGGUGUAUUUCUGCAAGUCAAGAUGUCUCUGCUGCCUUCGAGGUUCAUAUACCUGUGUUUACAUUUUCUGGUACUCUAUUUCCAGCUACAGGAGUCCCAGCAGAGCUCUGCUGAUUUCAGGUUUUACAUCGAGAACCACACCAGGAACCCGGACGACCUGAGCCGGAAGCAGGUCCGGAUCUACCAGCUGUACAGCAGAACCACGGGGAAGCACGUCCAGAUCCUGGGGAAGAAAGUCAACGCCAACGGAGAUGAUGGGGGCAAGUAUGCUCUUCUUGUGGUUGAGACAGAAACCUUUGGGAGCCACAUCCGAAUAAAAGGAAAAGAGAGCGAACAUUACAUCUGCAUGAACGAGAAAGGCAAAAUAGUCGGAAGGCCCGAUGGAAGGAAGCAGGAGUGCGUCUUUGUCGAGGAAUUCCUGGAGAACAACUACACAGCUCUCGUGUCGGCCAAGUACAAAGGAUGGUACCUCGGCUUCAACCGGAAGGGGCGGCCCAAGAAAGGCUCGCGGACCACGCAGAGGCAACAGGAAGUCCACUUCAUGAAGCGCCAGCCAAAGGGCAGGGUGGACCCGCUGGAGGAGUUUCGUUUCACCACAGUAACUAAGCGGACACGAAGGGCUCGGCGAUUAAAACCCAACCCCAAGAGGAACUGAUGGGACCAAUGGGACAGCACUAAUUUUCCUUCGAGGGGGAGGAAAAAAACAAAAAAAACAAACUGUAACUGAAAAUCUCAAGCUUCUUGUCUUAAAAGAAUCACCUUAAAGACUUCACUUCUGUAAAAGAAAAAGAC